AUGACGGCUCCUUUCGCCAAAGGUUUCAGCACGGCAUAUAAAAGAGCCCGCUCUCAGGAUAGCCCUACGCCCUUGGCAUCACCGCCAGUGUUAAAAGCGACCAAGAUUGAAGAAGAAGAAGAAGAAGAAGAAGAAGAAAAUGAACAAGGGGCUCAAGUUGAGUCCCGGAUCCCGGCUUUCCUCCAUCAAUCACAAAGCGCUGUUCGAGCUAAAUUCAAUGACUUGGCAUGGAAGGAGAAGCUCCGCAUCUUGCAAGGUCGGAGCGAUCCAUCUUCACAAUGGGUGCAGGAUACAAGCCCUCAUGUCAUGAGGCGGAAUCGUUACGGUAACGUCCAGCCAUGGGAAAAGUCGCGCAUUCAUCUCAAAGUUGCCGAAGGAAAGUCCGACUACAUCAAUGCCUCGCCCAUAUCACUGCGCGAUCCACGAACAGGAGUAGAAACUAAGUUCAUAGCAACCCAAGGUCCCAAACAAUCGGGUUUGAGCCAUUUCUGGCACAUGAUAUGGCAGGAAACCACCGACGUAGCUGUCAUUGUUAUGCUAACCCAAACCCAUGAUGGGACAACGGAGAAAUGUUUUCAGUAUUUCCCUUUGAAUGUCGAGGCCGGAUAUUUUAAGGUAGAACCGCUAGACAGAGCGAGAGACACUCCGGAAGGCAGUGUAACUUUCUUGGAAUACCAUUUGGAUAUGGACUCAAAGACAGAAAUCCGCAAGUUAUCCUUGAGAUUUGGUGCAGAAACGAAGGAUGUAUGGCAUUUCUUGUUCUCCGGCUGGCCGGACUUCGCUGUUCCCGAAGACAACAACCGCACUGCGCUCCUGGAGCUCUUAAAGCUUUGCGCAGAGAAGAACACUUCGCCCAGCAAUCCUAGGAUUAUCCAUUGCAGCGCUGGGGUGGGACGAUCAGGAACUUUCAUCGCCUUAGAAUAUCUUCUUGCUCAAGUGGAAUCAGGUGCAAUACUGGACGCUAAAGAAGGCGAAGACAUGAUUUACGAGGUGGUGAACUGUUUGAGAGAGCAGAGAAUGCUCAUGGUGCAAAUGGAGGGACAGUACCAAUUUCUUUACGAUGUCAUUCGUGAUCAGCUCAAGGAACGGCAGCUACAGGCAUCCAGGCAGCACUCCCCAAAGCUUCAAGUGCAAGCGAACGGCACGAAGGCAGCAAUUAUUGAUGACGCCAGUAAUGCAGGUGGCUUUUUCAGCAACGUGAAGACUGAUGAAAGUCAGGCCGCAGCCGUAGCAGAGAUGAAAUCUGGUGAAGGCCAGGUCGAAGAGUCCAAGCCAGCAGGUCAGGACCCCGGUGAGCAGUAA